GCUUGCUGCCCUGUUUCUCCUUGUGCGUCACACGACAAGCUUCCCAGUAUCACGAGCAUCUAUUUGCGUUGACAAGUCACACUGGUCCUUUCUCAUCUUCAAAUUAUCCAACAGCCUGGUAUAUCGAGCUCUACCUCGCCCAAACCAGUCUCAAUUCUCCAUACGCCGCAGAUAUGAGCUCGUACGCAGACGUCGCGGCCAGUGGGCCACAGCAGAGUGCCGAAGAGGCGUAAGUGACUUUCUCCUAUACUGUAAAACAUUGCUCGUUGCAGUCGCUAUACCUCGUGCAUCAUGUUCAACGCAACAGACACCUCUUACCAACACAAGCGCUCGACGUCACAACCGCACUAAACCCCUGCGAGAUACAUGAGUUUCAAAGCAUCAACCUCAACUAACAUAUUCCCUAGCCGUGCGCCCCCACCCACCGAAGUUGAAUCCAUAACCUCCGAAUCUACCCACUCGCUCAUCGACGUCGACACCCCACACGUCUCUACCGUCCCCUCAACCUUUUCAUCCCAGGAAAUCCAGACCGACACGCAAGCUGCUCGCAUUGAGCGUGAAGAACAGGCAGCCGAUGCACGCGCGAAGGCUCAGGCCGCAGCCGAUAAAGCCAAGGCAAAGUCACGCCGCGCAGGUGGUAUUUUGAGCAAGAACGCCGACAACCCGGUCGUGUUGGGCAACUUGGUGACGGCGGGCUUGCUGACGGGUGUGCUGGGCCUCGGUGCGUAUAGAAAAUAUACUGCCGGCGAGUUGUCAUGGAAGGUCGCGGGUGCAUGGGCAGGUGCUGUUGGGCUAUUUGCUGCGGCGGAUUACUUUGUUUCGCAACGCUUGUUCCAGAAAUACCCCCCCAAGAAGUAGAUGCAUUAGCUUCAAUGGAAACGCGGUGUUAUGAAGCCGCAUAUCGCACAACCUGUGCCAUCCUCCCCCCUCUCCUGUAUUUAUCUCUGCAUUCCCUUCUCUUUAGCUGCUCUGG